UUUGAGUUGUCUCCAGGACGCGCAGUUUGACAUGUCCAGUAGGCAGUUGGUGAUGCAGAACGGAAGCCUGGAGCAGAGGCUGGGGCUGGAUGUGGAGACAUGCAAGGCAUCUGCUAGAGAUGGUCAUCGGAUUCGUGAUGGUUGAUGACAGAUGUAUUUGGGGACAGCAAACAUGGACGAGUUCUUCUCAUCAGAGAGCCUUCUCUGAGAAGAGCCUGGCAGGCGGUUUGAGUGUCCCUCCCUCCCCUGGAACACCAUGGCAGGUUUCAAGAGAGGCUAUGAUGGGAAAAUCGCGGGUUUGUAUGACCUGGAUAAGACCUUGGGCAGGGGCCACUUUGCUGUGGUCAAACUCGCCAGGCACGUUUUUACAGGUGAAAAAGUGGCUGUGAAGGUCAUUGACAAGACCAAACUGGACACUCUGGCCACCGGUCACCUCUUCCAAGAAGUCCGCUGCAUGAAGCUCGUGCAGCACCCCAACAUCGUGCGCCUUUACGAGGUCAUUGACACUCAGACCAAGCUUUAUCUUAUCCUGGAGCUUGGAGAUGGAGGAGACAUGUUUGACUACAUCAUGAAACAUGAAGAGGGUCUUAAUGAAGACCUCGCCAAGAAGUACUUUGCUCAGAUAGUCCAUGCUAUCUCUUACUGCCACAAACUUCACGUGGUCCACAGAGACUUGAAGCCCGAGAAUGUGGUCUUCUUUGAAAAACAAGGACUUGUCAAGCUGACGGACUUUGGCUUCAGCAACAAAUUCCAGCCUGGAAAGAAGCUUACCACAAGCUGUGGGUCUCUUGCCUAUUCUGCUCCCGAGAUUCUGCUUGGGGAUGAGUACGACGCUCCUGCUGUAGAUAUAUGGAGUCUGGGAGUCAUUCUUUUCAUGUUGGUGUGUGGGCAGCCUCCCUUUCAAGAAGCAAAUGACAGCGAAACUUUGACGAUGAUCAUGGACUGCAAAUACACAGUACCUUCACACGUAUCCAAAGAGUGUAAAGACCUGAUCACUCGGAUGCUGCAGAGGGACCCGAAACGACGAGCUUCCUUGGAGGAGAUCGAGACACACGCCUGGCUCCAAGGUGUCGACCCGUCUCCAGCCACCAAGUACAACAUCCCCCUGGUUUCAUACAAAAACCUUUCUGAGGAGGAGCACAACAGCAUCAUUCAGCGCAUGGUUCUUGGUGACAUAGCCGACCGAGAGAGCAUCGUGGAGGCCCUUGAGACCAACAAGUACAAUCACAUCACGGCCACCUACUUCCUGCUUGCUGAGAGGAUCCUCAGGGAGAAGCAGGAGAAGGAGAUACAGACGCGGUCGGCCAGUCCCAGUAACAUCAAAGCCCAGUUCAGGCAGUCGUGGCCCACGAAGAUUGACGUCCCCCAGGACCUUGAAGACGACCUCACAGCAUCUCCGCUGUCCCACGCCCCCGUCCCUCAGUCCCCGGCGCGCACAGCUGAGAACGUCCUCAAUGGCCACAGGAACAAAGCCCUGGGGGACGCAGUGGCCAAGAAGGAUGACCUCCCAGAGCUGGCGGGGCCCACGCUGUCCGUGGUGCCCUCCGUGAGCCUCAAGCCCACCACCAGUGGCCGCAAGUGUCUGUUCCGCGUGGAGGAAGACGAGGAAGAGGACGAAGAGGACAAGAAGCCCACGUCCCUUUCCACCCAGGUGGUCCUGCGGCGAAAGCCGUCCGUCACCAACCGCCUCACAUCCCGCAAGAGCGCUCCGGUGUUGAACCAGAUCUUCGAGGAGGGCGAGUCGGACGACGAGUUCGACAUGGACGAGAACCUGCCACCCAAGCUGAGCAGGCUCAAGAUGAACAUCGCGUCCCCGGGCACCGUGCACAAGCGCUACCACCGCCGAAAGAGCCAGGGCCGCGGCUCCAGCUGCAGCAGCUCCGAGACCAGCGACGACGACUCGGAGAGCCGCCGGCGGCUGGACAAGGACAGCGGCUUCACCUACUCGUGGCACCGUCGGGACAGCAGCGAAGGGCCGCCGGGCAACCAGGGCGACGGCAGCGGCCAGAGCAGGCCGGCCAACGGCGGCCGCGGCCCGGACAAGGCCAGCCCCAACGGGGGCGGCCAGGGUGGGGGCAGUCCCUCGGGCAGCGCGGGGGGAGGCGGCACCAGCCCCUCGGGCACCACACGCAGGUGCGCGGGCCCCGGGGAGCUGGUGGAGAGCCUGAAGCUCAUGAGCCUGUGCCUGGGCGCGCAGAUCCGCGGCAGCGCCGGCUGCAUCCUUGAUCCCCAGAGCGCCUGGGCCUUCUCCAGCGUGAGAGUUCAGGAGAAAUCUGCCUGGAGGAUGUGCGUGGGCUCAGCCGGCCCAGCCCCCGCCGGCCCCCGCAUCAAAUUGUUCUCUGACCGCAUGGUGGGCCCAGCGGAAGGGCUGGACCGGGUGAAGAGCAAGAACUUGAAAAACAGCGUAUUACAACUACCUCUGUGUGAAAAAACCAUCUCAGUUAACAUCCAGCGGGGCCCCAAGGAGGGCCUACUGUGCGCUGCCAGCCCUGCCAGCUGCUGCCACGUCAUCUGAUGGGGGCCCCUCCCACGCUGCGCUGGCUCUGCGACCACUCCCUCUCUGUUUCCUUUCCUCCUGCUCUUCCUUUCUCUUUCCCUCACCUCCCUUUCUCUCCUUCCUUCUCUUCCUGCUUCCCCCCUCUCCUUUCCUCCCUCCUUCCUUCCUUCCCUCCCUCCUUGCUGUUCAGAGCUGUGAACAACCCCGCCUUCUCUCACUGUACCCCUGUGGUUGUCUCAGUCCUUUGCCAUGGGCUUUUGAGCAGUUAUUUAUCCCAUUUUUGUUUGUGUGCUCGGUGAGAUGACAAUGCAUGGUCUUUGUGCAUGCUGCUAGCCGCGACACUUUUUUUUCCCACUGAAUAGACUUAUUUCAUGGUGUAAUUUCUACAUUUAUAAUUUUAAUAUGGAAGGUCCAGAUUAAAUUAAAAUGUGUAUCUGGAGCCUACAUGUAAAUGGAGCACUUAGAAAUUUCCUGUUCUGCACUUAUAAUCUAGAGAGAAAAAUGCUUUUGUUUCUUCGUGAAAAUGUUCCUUCCUGUUCUGACCUUCUGUGAUAUCAGAACUAUGGGCCUCCGCUCCUUUGUGUCUGAACUAGAACCAAAGCAAUAAUGUUGGGAUGCUGAGAACUUGGAGGGAUGAGAGCUCCGGAGGCCUGGUGGUGGCCUUCCAGUUGUAGAGGGAGACCCACCCACACCCGUUGUCUUAAGCUUUGGCCUGCAUCCAGGCGGGACUCUGAAGCCGAAAAGAUGACCUUGGGUUCACAGUAGCUGAUGCUGAGUCCCCAGACUGACAAGGCAGCUCCCCCCCACCCCCUAGUCGUGUGUUACUAUUAUAGGCAGACAAUCUUAUUUUUUAAUAUGAUGAAGAUAAUCGAUGAAAUCUUAACUACAGGUAGAGAUUGGUCCCCGGCAGAACAGAAAUCCAGAAAUUGUGUGAAUUUGAGCCUCUCCCAGGAUUUCCCUUAAGAUGAUGUAGAUAACGUGUGGUCAGUAGGCCCAUAGAAUGCCGGUCAGCAAGAAAUGAAAGGUUUAAACAGGGGUACACAUUUAUGUUGGAACAUUAGGACAGAAAUAUAUUUUUUUAAAUCCCGCUUUGGCUCUUUGCAGGAGUUUGAAAAUAGUACUGUCUUCUCUUCUGUUUCUUCUAUUCCUCCAUGUUCUUGAAUUUAGUCCACCACAAAAAUUGGGUGGUUGGGACAUAUAAACCAACGUGGCGUGUGUGUGAGUAUAUACACACACACACACAUACAUGUAUGUAUGUAUAUGUAUAUAUAUAUACACACACAUAUACAU